AUGAAUGGGGAUGAUUUCAUCUCGAGAUUUCUCUCACCGCCUCACCUUGAGGAGCUGCAAUCGGUUUUGCGGACCUCUGAAGGAAAGUUUGUGGACUUUCUCCUUGGUUGCUUGCAAUGGGAUGCCACUCAGCGGUAUAGCCCAGAGGAUGCAUUGCAGCAGGAAUGGAUCCUUGAGUGCUACGCCAAGCAUGCUCGUGACGCCCCUCCUGGCCGCAUGUGCCUUGUUUGCACUUCCUCUGCAGAAUCAGUCGACCACUGGUUUGUUGACGUUUCUGCGAACACGUUUCAACAUGUUUCAACAAUCUUAAACGAUAAAAUGCGCUUGACAUGA